AUGAACCCAUCCAACCCGCCUCAAGCUGCCGAGUAUGGUGGAGAUGAGGUCUCCGCCAUCGUCCUCGAUCCAGGCUACUCCACCACUCGCGCUGGCUUCGCCGGUGAAGAUGCCCCCAAAUCCCUGAUUCCAACAUACUACGCCAAAUACAGCGCCGACGGCCAAGAAAAGUUCAUCUUUGGUGAUGACAUCUACGUGUCUCCGCGCCCCGGCCUCUCCAUCCACAACCCCAUCGGCAAGGAUGGUAUCGUUGAAGAUUGGGACAUGGCCGAGAAGGUCUGGGAACACUCCUUUACCUCGCGACUUACGGGUGCGAAGGCCGGUAACCCCUUCAACAAUGGCCUGAACGAUAUCCCCGCCGAAGAGCUGCCCACAGAGAUGGAGGUGGAGUCGGAUGAGAAGCCUCUCGCGGAUAGCCCGUUGCUCAUGACCGAGCCCGCCUGGAAUCCGGCCAAGGCUCGUGAGAAGACCAUUGAAAUCGCGAUGGAGAAAUGGGGCACGCCUGCUUUCUACCUGGCGCGUAGCGGUGUGCUUGCAGCCUUCGCAUCUGGCAAAGCCUCCGGUCUGGUCGUCGACAUUGGCGCCUCAAACAUUUCCAUCACCCCAGUCCACGACGGCAUGACCCGUGCCCUAUUCAAAAAGAACUCUCCGCAACCCAUCAACAUCACCCCCCACUACUUGAUCAGCUCCAAGACCGCCGUCGAAGCCGGCCAGCCCGCCCAGGUCAAGUACAAGACAUUCGCCGCCGAUAAGGCUCCCGACGCUACCUACCGGGCUCUCCUCGAGGAGCGCACUCUAUCCGAAUUCAAGGAAUGCGUCGUCCAGGUCUGGCCAGGCCCUAACAAGCUCUCCGCCACCGGUCCCACCGGAGCUUCCAACGAAGAAAUGGCCCGCUCAUCGCCUGGCCGUCCCUUCGAGUUCCCCGACGGUUACAACCAACUCUUCGGCGUGGACCGCUUCCGCGUCGUCGAAUCCCUUUUCGACGUCAAGGCUGCCAUUCCGGACCCGGACUCACCCGUCCCAGCUCCCACACAGGCCCAAACCAUCCCCGAACUGAUCAAGGCUUCCCUCGGCGGCGUCGAUGUCGAUAUCCGCCCUCACCUACUCGCCAACGUCGUCGUCACGGGUGGAUCUAGUCUCUUGUACGGAUUCACGGAUCGACUGAACCACGAGCUUAUGCAGCUCUUCCCCGGUCCUCGCGUGCGUAUCUCUGCACCUGGAAAUACCGCUGAGCGUCGCUUCGGCUCUUGGAUUGGUGGUAGUAUUCUCGCUAGUCUGGGUACUUUCCAUCAAAUGUGGAUCUCGAAGAAGGAGUAUGAUGAGCAUGGUGCAAACAUUGUUGAGAAACGAUGCAAAUAA